ACCAGCAGCUGCCCUGAUUCGACCUCUCCAAAAAUAGACAUUUAACUCUCUGAACUGUUUAAGGAUGUAAUUCGUUUGGCUCUCUUCAUUUUCAAGGUUCGAAGGAAAGCCGCAAGGAUUCCAAGGGUCCCAUCGCCCUCGUAGCCAAUGAGGGGCCCAGGAGGGAGGAGCUUGGGGCUGCUUGGUACAGCUUGAGCUUCAGAGGGAAUCAUUCCCAGUAGGUGCAGUGGAGUCUGAGCUCUGCUGUAUCUGUCACGACAGAACAAAAUUUUUAAAAAGAAAACAAACGAAAAAAAACACAGAAGAAGAGAAACGCUUCAGACUAUGGAACGCUGUAGAAGUUUCUGAAACAUUUGCUGGGGAUUCUCGUGGAGCAUGAUCUUUUAAAAACAAUUCUUUUUGAAGCCGGUUUGGCUAACUGGGAAAAUGAUACAUAUGCUAAAUGCAGCAGCUGAUCGAGUGAAAUGGACCAGAUCGAGUGCUGCUAAAAGGGCUGCCUGCCUGGUGGCUGCAGCAUAUGCUCUGAAAACGUUCUAUCCCAUCAUUGGCAAGCGUUUAAAGCAGUCUGGCCACAGGAAGAAAAAAGAAGCUUACCCGGCAGCAGAGAACAGAGAAAUACUGCAUUGCACCGAGGCCACUUGUAAAAAACCUUCGCCUGGAGUGAAUGCAGAUUUUUUCAAACAGCUGCUAGAACUUCGAAAAAUUCUCUUUCCAAAACUUGUGACCACUGAAACGGGAUGGCUCUGUCUCCACUCCGUAGCUCUAAUCUCAAGAACCUUUCUGUCUAUCUAUGUAGCUGGUUUGGAUGGAAAAAUCGUGAAAAGUAUUGUGGAAAAGAAGCCUCGGACUUUCAUCAUCAAAUUAAUCAAGUGGCUUAUGAUUGCCAUCCCUGCCACUUUUGUCAACAGUGCAAUAAGGUACCUGGAGGGCAAGUUAGCCUUGGCCUUCAGAACUCGCCUAGUAGACCAUGCCUAUGAAACCUAUUUUACAAAUCAGACUUAUUAUAAAGUGAUCAAUAUGGAUGGGAGGCUGGCAAACCCUGACCAGUCUCUUACUGAGGAUAUUAUGAUGUUCUCUCAAUCUGUGGCUCACUUGUAUUCCAAUCUGACCAAACCUAUUUUAGAUGUAAUCCUGACCUCUUAUACGCUCAUCCAGACUGCUACAUCCAGAGGAGCAAGCCCAACUGGACCCACACUAUUAGCAGGGCUUGUGGUAUAUGCCACUGCUAAAGUGUUGAAAGCCUGCUCUCCCAAAUUUGGUAAAUUGGUGGCUGAAGAAGCUCAUAGAAAAGGCUAUUUGCGGUACGUGCACUCCAGAAUUAUAGCCAAUGUUGAAGAAAUUGCCUUUUACAGAGGACAUAAGGUAGAAAUGAAGCAACUCCAGAAAAGUUACAAAGCUUUAGCAGAUCAGAUGAACCUCAUUUUAUCCAAACGUUUGUGGUACAUCAUGAUAGAGCAGUUCUUGAUGAAGUAUGUUUGGAGCUGCAGUGGACUAAUUAUGGUGGCUGUACCUAUUAUUACUGCAACUGGCUUUGCAGAUGGUGAUCUAGAGGAUGGUCAAAAACAAGCUAUGGUUAGUGAACGGACAGAAGCCUUUACCACUGCUCGAAAUUUAUUGGCCUCUGGAGCUGAUGCUAUUGAAAGGAUUAUGUCUUCAUACAAAGAGAUCACUGAAUUAGCAGGCUAUACUGCUAGAGUAUACAAUAUGUUUUGGGUCUUUGAUGAAGUAAAAAGAGGCAUUUAUAAGAGAUCUGCUGUCAUGCAAGAGUCUGAAAACCAUAGCAACAGUGGAGCUAAUAGGGACUUACCCCUCAAUGAGACAUUGGAAAUCAAAGGGAAAGUUAUUGAUGUGGAUCAUGGAAUUAUUUGUGAAAAUGUUCCCAUAAUUACACCAACUGGAGAAGUGGUGGCUUCCAGGCUAAACUUCAAAGUAGAAGAAGGAAUGCAUCUUUUGAUAACUGGUCCCAAUGGUUGUGGGAAGAGUUCUCUCUUCAGAAUUUUAAGUGGUCUCUGGCCUGUGUAUGAAGGAGUCCUGUAUAAACCACCUCCACAACACAUGUUCUAUAUUCCACAAAGGCCAUACAUGUCUCUCGGAAGUCUUCGGGAUCAAGUCAUUUACCCUGAUUCAGUGGAUGACAUGCAUGAUAAGGGCUACACAGACCAUGAUCUAGACUGUAUCCUACACCAUGUGCAUCUCUAUCAUAUAGUUCAAAGAGAAGGAGGAUGGGAUGCAGUUAUGGACUGGAAAGAUGUCCUGUCAGGGGGAGAAAAGCAAAGAAUGGGCAUGGCUCGUAUGUUUUAUCACAGACCAAAAUAUGCAUUGCUAGAUGAAUGCACCAGUGCUGUCAGCAUUGAUGUCGAAGGGAAGAUAUUUCAGGCUGCAAAAGGAGCUGGAAUUUCCUUACUUUCUAUAACACACAGGCCUUCUCUUUGGAAAUACCACACUCAUUUGUUACAGUUUGAUGGUGAAGGAGGUUGGCGCUUUGAACAAUUGGAUACUGCUAUUCGUUUAACACUGAGUGAAGAAAAACAAAAGCUAGAAUCUCAGCUAGCUGGAAUUCCCAAAAUGCAGCAGAGACUCAAUGAACUAUGUAAAAUUUUGGGAGAAGACUCAGUGCUAAAAACAAUAAAAAAUGAAGAUGAGACAUCCUAAUUUGUUUUGACAUGUUUCAAAUGUUUAUUUUUAGUUAAAGGCUCAGAGACACUGUUAUAGUGCAUGCAUUGUGUUAAGCUAAGCACAGAGGAAAAAAGGGAGAAAGAAAUGUUUUGUAAGGUUUUAGCAUCAAGUAAAUAUAUGAUCUGACUUUUCAGAAGAAAACAAACAAAUGCAUUAUGUAAAAUUAGUCAUUAUGGCUUACACUAAUUCCUAGUGAAAGCCUAAUUGCCAUGUAAAACAGGAUUUUCUAGGUGAAUUCAUGGUGAAUACUAGAUUUGCUAUGUGAAUACGAUGUGCCCGAAAUUCUUCACAAAUAUGGGCGAUAGCUUAAGAAUGGAAGAGCUUAAGAGCAGCAUCUGGGUAAAAACUAAGUACAUAAAAUUAGAAGUUUGAGUAACAUUUCAGUCCAUUUAUGGUUAUUAGCUUCAACAGCUAGAAUUCCUGUUCCUUAUUGCUAGAGGUCAACUAAAUCUGUAUACAGAGUAGCUAACAGUUGGAUAAAUAAUUUCAAUAUGAAAAAAAUUCUUUUAGUGGCAGUGAUUGAAAGAAAGAAGCAUGGCUAUACAUGUAGAAAAUGCCAUAUUUUUAAUUUUAGCUUUUGAGCAUCUCAAUGUGGGCACAUAACAAAUUGUUUUAAUGAGAAUCUUACAUAUUUGUUAAUCAACUCUUCAUUUUAAAAAGAGAAUUGCCAAUACAAAGAAAAAAAGAAUAUCCAAAAAAUGAUUGUCUCAGCCUGUUAUUUUACUUGUCCCUAGAAAUACAUAGCUUGUUUUUGUACUCAGAGGAGUCCACUGUAUUUUUAAAACAGCAGUGCUAUAAUAGAAUAGGGGGGAUUUUCAAAAUCACAGUAGUGAUAUAUACACUGAAUAGUACUUUAUAAUUUAUAAUCCUCAUUUACAUCAUUUCAUUUUUAAUUCUUGUGGCAAUCUUUUGAGGCAGAUAUUAUUUUUCCUAGUUUGCUUUUGAGAAAGUUGACACUAAGAUCAUGCAACUUAUUUAGGAGUAGAUCCAGGAACCAAAUAAAAUUCCCCUGUUUCAGGAAGUUCCCAAUGUGGCUCAGCGAAAAGGAAUCUGACUGGUGUCCAAGAGGAUGUGGGUUCAAUCCCUGGCCUCGCUCAGUGGGUUAAGGAUCCAGCAUUGCCGUGAGCUGUGGUGUAGGUUGCAGAUGCGACUUGGAUCCUGCGUUGCUGUGGCUGUGAUGUAGGCCAGUGGCUACAGCUCCGAUUUGACCCCGAGCCUGGGAACCUCCAUUUGCCACAGGUGCAGCCGUUAAAAAAAAAGAAAGGAAGCCAGGACUGCCAUUUUAAUCUCCUACUAACUAUGCCACCAUGUUGAUAGGCAAAGAAAAAUGGAAAUGCUCAGUUAUUAGCAGUUUAGGAUUUUUUUUUUUUUUGCAUAUUUAGACAUAAUCAUG